UACCAGGACCCCGUGGGGCUGGGAUGCGAGCACUACUUCUGCCGCCGCUGCAUCACCGAGCACUGGGUGCGCCAGGAGCCGCAGGGCACCCGCGACUGCCCUGAGUGCCGCCGCACCUUCCCCGAGCCCACGCUGGCCCCCAGCCUCAAGCUGGCCAACAUCGUGGAGCGCUACAGCGCCUUCCCCUUGGACGCUAUCCUGGGCGCCCAGCGCAGCUCCUUCCCCUGCAAGGACCAUGAGAAGGUGAAGCUCUUCUGCCUCACUGACCGUGCCGUCGUCUGUUUCUUCUGUGAUGAGCCGGCCAUGCAUGAGCAGCACCAGGUUACCAACGUGGACGAUGCCUUCGAGGAGCUGCAGCGGGAGCUGAAGGAGCAACUCCAGGGGCUGCAGGAGAGUGAGCGUAGCCACACAGAAGCUCUGCAGCUCCUCAAGAAGCAGCUGGCUGAGACCAAGUCCUCAGCCAAAAGCCUGCGGGCGACGAUCGGGGAGGCAUUUGAGCGGCUGCACCGGCUGCUGCGGGAGCGGCAGAAGGCAAUGCUGGAGGAGCUGGAGGCUGACACGGCGCGCACGCUCAGCGACAUCGAGCACAAGAUCCAGCGCUACAGCCAGCAGCUCCGCAAGGUCCAGGAGGGCACCCAGAUCCUGCAGGAGCGCCUGGCCGAGGCGGAUAAACACGUCUUCCUGGCCGGCAUGGCCUCCCUCUCUGAGAGGCUGAAGGGAAAGAUCCACGAGACCAACCUGACCUAUGAGGAUUUUCCCACCUCCAAGUACAUGGGUCCACUGCAGUACACCAUCUGGAAAUCCCUCUUCCAGGACAUCCAUCCUGUGCCAGCAGCACUGACUCUGGACCCCGGCACUGCCCACCACCGCCUCAUCCUCUCAGACGACUGCACCAUCGUGGCCUAUGGCAACCUUCACCCACACCCGCUGCAGGACUCGCCCCGGCGCUUUGACGUGGAGGUGUCGGUGCUGGGCACCGAGGCCUUUGGUGCUGGGGUGCACUACUGGGAGGUGGUGGUGUCUGAAAAAACCCAGUGGAUGAUCGGCCUGGCCCACGAGGCCGUGACCCGCAAGGGCAGCAUCCAGAUCCAGCCGAGCCGCGGGUUCUACUGCAUCGUGAUGCACGACGGGAACCAGUACAGUGCCUGCACCGAGCCCUGGACGCGGCUGAACGUCAAGGGCAAGCUGGAGAAGGUGGGCGUCUUCCUGGACUAUGAUAAGGGGCUUCUCAUCUUCUACAAUGCUGACGACAUGUCCUGGCUCUACACCUUCCGGGAGAGGUUUCCCGGGAAGCUGUGCUCAUAUUUCAGUCCUGGGCAGAGCCAUGCCAACGGGAAGAAUGUGCAGCCAUUGCGGAUCAACACUGUCCGUAUCUAAUGGGGGUUUUUGGGGUGACCCCCACCCUGCCAGGUGUUUUCCCACUCCAGGAACUGGUCCCGCUGUUGGGCAGGAUCUGGCAUUCCGCCCACUUCUCUCAGUCCUGUGCUUCCAGGGAAUCCCAGUGUGGGGGGCUGGGACAUGGCAAUAAAGGAUUUGGAGAGAAGGGGCUGGGUGAUGGAGAGCCCCAGGGAGGGGUGCUGGGCUGGGCUCGGGGCACCAUGGGGUGCCAUGGCAGGAGCCUGUCACCAUGCUGGGGGUGCCACACUGUGUCCUGACCAGGUGUGUGCUACUGUGCCGUGGUGGGCUGGCCCAUGGCAGGGGUCUCUCACCAUGCUAGGGGUGCCACAGUGUUGGGGGUCACCAUGCCAUGGGACAUGUACUGUGACAUGUGUGCCACAUGUACAGCACCAUGCCCUGCUGUGCCAUGCCGUGUGCUGUGCUGGGCCAUGCUGUGCCACACUGUCCCACCCCUGGGCAGGGCUCCAUGUGUCAAUGUAGGGAACACUGCGUGUGUUGGAAUGUACAGGAAUGGGAUCUGGGCUGUGUAGGGUGGGCUGUACAGAGGGUCUGAUAUAUGGGGAGUGGGCUGUAUACAGGAGGUGGUACAGAGA